UGCAGCGCAAAGUUGCGGGGCUGGGCUCGCGCCUCCUCGGGUGCGGCAGCGGCUGUGGGUGCCGGGGCCAGAGGCUGCGGCCCCCUCGCCCCCUCGCGCUCCGCGGCGCUCCCGCCCCGCCCGCGGCCUCUCCGCCCGGCGUCUUCCCCGCUCUCCCCGUCUCGCGCUCCCUCUCCGGCGCGCUCUCCAGCUCGCUUUCUCUCUCUCUUUUUUCCUUGCCGCCGCCGCCGCUGCUGUUGCCGCUACCGCGGCGCCGCUAAGCGCCUGCACCCCGGCGGGCAGCGUUCGCUGGCCGGUUCCCGCUCAGCUCCCUUCCCAGCCCAGAGCCCGCAGCCGGACUCAGCUCUCCCCGGAGCCGCCGCCUCGUCCGAUCCCUCUGGCUCGGACGCAGCGCUCCGUGGCAAGCAGGGGCAGGGCUUGCUGCCGCUCGCCAGCUCGCUCUCGCCGGAGCAGCCGCCGAACACCGAGCGCUUGGCGGCGGCUCUGGUCGGGCGACCGCCAGCUCAUCCCUGCUGCGUCCGGGACUCCCGGCGGCUCCGCGCCCUGCUCGGUCCGCAGCGUCAGCGCCACCCGCCGCGGCCCGGGCUCUGGGCACCGCGAGAACCGAGCCUCCGGCUGCCGCCUCCCUGCGCCUCCGGGGCAAGCGGGAGCACAGCCGACCCCUCGCCGUGGCUUACACCUUACCGGCGCGCGGUUGGUAGGAGGAAAGCAUCCAAGCUGUUUUCUCCUUGAUGCCAAGAUACGCCACGCUAGGAGCACCUUUCCCUUCUCACAGCCAGCCGCCAAGCACGGGCCUGCAGGACGCAGGCCCCCGGGCUGGAGUUUGCCUGCUGCCCCAGCCCCACUACCGCCAUCUGUGGGCCGGGGGCGCGCCGGCCUCUGAGUGGUACCCGAGUGACAUCCCCAGCAUGGUUCAGCCCUCUGACUCUUGAAGCUGCCCUGCCCAUGUGUCCUCCGGCUGUAGCCACAACCACUGCUGUUGUGUGGCCAGGCAUCCGCUGGGGCUAGGAGUGGGGCCCUGCUGUUCAUGGGUCUCUAGGGUGUCCAAGAUGUUCGGGAAGAGAGGAGUGGGCUGGUGGUGGGCACAGCUGCCCCUUUGUCUGCUCUUCAGCCUUGCCGGCCCCUGGCUACCUUCCUCCCUGGGGAAACCCAAGGGCCACCCGCACAUGAACUCCAUCCGCAUAGAUGGAGACAUCACAUUGGGAGGCCUGUUCCCCGUGCACGGUCGGGGCUCCGAGGGCAAGGCCUGCGGGGAACUGAAGAAGGAGAAGGGCAUCCACCGGCUGGAGGCCAUGCUCUUUGCCUUGGAUCGCAUCAACAACGACCCGGACCUGCUGCCCAACAUCACGCUGGGCGCCCGCAUUCUGGACACCUGCUCGAGGGACACCCACGCCCUGGAGCAGUCGCUGACCUUUGUGCAGGCGCUCAUCGAGAAGGACGGCACCGAGGUCCGCUGUGGCAGCGGCGGACCGCCUAUCAUCACCAAGCCCGAGCGCGUGGUGGGAGUCAUCGGGGCCUCGGGGAGCUCCGUCUCCAUCAUGGUGGCCAACAUCCUCCGCCUCUUCAAGAUCCCCCAGAUCAGCUACGCCUCCACAGCCCCUGACCUGAGUGACAACAGCCGCUACGACUUCUUCUCCCGCGUGGUACCCUCGGACACAUACCAGGCCCAGGCCAUGGUGGACAUCGUCCGCGCCCUCAAGUGGAACUACGUGUCCACGUUAGCCUCUGAGGGCAGCUAUGGUGAGAGUGGCGUGGAGGCCUUCAUCCAGAAGUCCCGCGAAGAUGGGGGUGUGUGCAUCGCCCAGUCGGUGAAGAUUCCACGGGAGCCCAAGGCCGGUGAAUUUGACAAGAUCAUCCGGCGCCUUCUGGAGACCUCGAACGCCAGGGGUGUCAUCAUCUUUGCCAACGAGGAUGACAUCAGGCGUGUGUUGGAGGCAGCCCGCAGGGCCAACCAGACGGGCCACUUCUUCUGGAUGGGCUCCGACAGCUGGGGCUCCAAGAUCGCACCAGUGCUGCACCUGGAGGAGGUGGCUGAGGGGGCUGUCACCAUCCUCCCCAAGAGGAUGUCCGUGCGAGGCUUUGACCGCUACUUCUCCAGUCGCACGUUGGACAACAACCGGCGUAACAUCUGGUUUGCAGAGUUCUGGGAGGACAACUUCCACUGCAAGCUGAGCCGACACGCACUCAAGAAAGGCAGCCACCUUAAGAAGUGCACCAACCGAGAGCGCAUCGGGCAGGACUCGGCAUAUGAGCAGGAGGGGAAGGUACAGUUUGUGAUCGAUGCUGUGUACGCCAUGGGCCAUGCGCUGCACGCCAUGCACCGUGACCUGUGUCCUGGCCGCGUGGGGCUCUGCCCACGCAUGGACCCUGUGGACGGCACCCAGCUGCUUAAGUACAUCCGAAACGUCAACUUCUCAGGCAUCGCAGGGAACCCAGUGACCUUCAAUGAGAAUGGUGAUGCUCCUGGACGCUAUGACAUCUACCAGUACCAGCUGCGCAAUGGCUCGGCCGAGUACAAGGUCAUCGGCUCCUGGACAGACCACUUGCACCUCCGAAUAGAGCGGAUGCACUGGCCAGGGAGCGGGCGGCAAGUGCCGCGCUCCAUCUGCAGCCUGCCCUGCCAGCCAGGCGAGCGGAAGAAGACCGUGAAGGGCAUGCCCUGCUGCUGGCACUGUGAGCCCUGCACGGGGUACCAGUACCAGGUAGACCGCUACACCUGUAAGACGUGUCCCUAUGACAUGCGACCCACUGAGAACCGCACAGGCUGCCGGCCAAUUCCCAUCAUCAAGCUCGAGUGGGACUCGCCCUGGGCCGUGUUGCCGCUCUUCCUGGCCGUGGUGGGCAUUGCUGCCACACUCUUCGUGGUGAUCACCUUCGUGCGCUACAAUGACACGCCCAUCGUCAAGGCAUCAGGCCGCGAGCUGAGCUAUGUGCUGCUGGCGGGCAUCUUCCUGUGCUAUGCCACCACCUUCCUCAUGAUUGCUGAGCCAGACCUGGGGACCUGCUCGCUGCGCCGGGUCUUCCUUGGCCUGGGUAUGAGCAUCAGUUAUGCGGCCCUACUCACCAAGACCAACCGCAUUUACCGCAUCUUCGAGCAGGGCAAGCGGUCGGUCAGCGCCCCACGUUUCAUCAGCCCUGCCUCACAGCUGGCCAUCACCUUCAGCCUCAUCUCCCUGCAGCUGCUGGGCAUCUGUGUGUGGUUUGUGGUGGACCCCUCGCACUCAGUGGUGGACUUCCAGGACCAGCGGACACUUGAUCCCCGCUUUGCCCGGGGCGUGCUCAAGUGCGACAUCUCGGACCUGUCGCUCAUCUGCCUGCUGGGCUACAGCAUGCUGCUCAUGGUCACAUGCACCGUGUACGCCAUCAAGACCCGAGGCGUGCCCGAGACCUUCAACGAGGCCAAGCCCAUUGGCUUCACCAUGUAUACCACCUGCAUCGUGUGGCUGGCCUUCAUUCCCAUUUUCUUCGGCACCUCACAGUCGGCAGACAAGCUGUACAUCCAGACCACGACGCUGACGGUCUCGGUGAGUCUGAGCGCCUCCGUGUCCCUGGGGAUGCUCUACCUGCCCAAGGUCUACAUCAUCCUCUUCCACCCGGAGCAGAAUGUGCCCAAGCGCAAACGCAGCCUCAAGGCCGUUGUCACUGCUGCCACCAUGUCCAACAAGUUCACGCAGAAGGGCAGCUUCCGGCCCAACGGUGAGGCCACCUCCGAGCUGUGCGAGAACCUGGAGGCCCCAGCACUGGCCACCAAGCAGACCUACGUCACCUACAGCAACCACGCAAUCUAGUGAGGCCACUGGGGCCGAGCAGCAGGAGCGACAGCAGCCCUUGGGGAACAGUGUGCCCAACCAGGGCCACCCCAAGGGCCCAGCUGAUGUCCCCGCCUGCCCGUGGGUGCCCACGGACGUGGCUUGGUGCUGAGGACAGCCGAGCCUACACACCCCUACCCCCACCCCUGGCUGUCACUGCGGGGCAGCCCAGGCAAGCUGAGUGGGCGGCAAGAGGAGGGCAAAGGGCUGGGCAGCUCCAGGCCACUGCAGGAGCCGGCACCUAGGAUCAUUGCCCCUCAUGGUUCUGAACAGGAGGGGCUUGAGUGGAGGGGUCCCCAUAAUGCUGGUUUCUUCUGCCUCCAUAUCCGUGUGCCCUACUGGGGACCUCCUCUCUCUGUCGGGCUCCAUCCCUGUCUUCGCAUUCUCUCUUCUCUCUGUGUCAUUUUUGAUCUCUGUGUGUCUACCUGCUUGGGUCCUCCUCCUCUCUGUCCCCUACCCCCAGGUCCCUGCUCUGCAGCCCUCCUGCUGCUCUCUUGGGGUCUCCUCCUAUGUUCCUACCCUCAUGUUUUCUUUUUUUUUUCUUUCCCAUCCUCUGACUUUAUUUCCGUCCAGCCUUUACCUCCCUCACCCUGCCCUCUUCACCAAAUCUUACUUGUUGCAAAAGUGAAAAAAAAAAAUCAACACACACACAAAAAAGCCAAAACAAAACCCAAUCUUGAGUGUGUUGCAAAGUGCUGCGUCCUCCCGGUGGCCUGUGUGUGUGUGUGUGUGUCCUGUGGCCCGCAGCCUGCCCGCCUGCCCUUGCCCGUUGGCCAUGUGUCCUGCCCGCCUGCCCGCCUGCCCCUCCCGCCGACGACACGGAGUUCAGUGCCUGGGUGUUUGGUGAUGGUUCCUGAUGACAAUGUGUAGCGCAUGAUUGUUUUUAUACCGAGAACAUUUCUAAUAAAAAUAAACACAUGGUUUUGCACUCUG